ACAGACGAGCAACACAAGGGCAGACACAGACCUUUGGGAAUUCAAACAUAUGAGAACAACAAGACUUCUGCUGCAGUGUAUUUGAUUUAGAAAUUGGAUUCACAUUAUGGCUAAGUCAGGUCUGUCCAGUGGAGAGGAAUGCAUCAAAUACAUUGUGUUCAUCUUUAAUUUCAUAUUUUGGCUCGCAGGUACAGGGGUUUUAGCUGUCGGUCUCUGGCUGCGUUUCGAUGAAAGAACUAAAACACUCUUCACUGGAGAGGGUGCCCCGACAGUGUUCCUCACAGGGGUCUACAUCCUCAUUGUGGCGGGUGCGAUCAUGAUGGUGGUCGGGUUCCUCGGCUGCUGUGGCGCAAUUAAGGAAUCAGCUUGCAUGCUGGGACUGUUCUUUAUGUUCCUGCUCCUCAUUUUCGCUGCAGAGGUGGCCGCUGGAAUCUGGGGAUUGUCCAAUCAGGAAAAGAUCGUGACAGAUGUCCAGACGUUCUACAAGGAGACGUUCGAGAACUACAAAAAAACUAAUCAGGAGGCACUGAAAGAAACUCUGCGAGCCAUUCAUUUAGGACUGAAGUGCUGUGGACCAACCGGAACCAUUGUUGAUGGAGCAUCCGAUACCUGUCCAGCAAAGGAGGGACUUGAAAACUUGGUCACAACGAGCUGCCCAAAUGCUAUUAAGGAAAUCUUCACCUCUAGGCUUCACGUGAUCGGAGGGGUUGGGAUUGGUAUUGGUGUGGUCAUGAUCUUCGGUAUGAUCUUCAGCAUGCUUCUGUGCUGCGCCAUCCGACGAACCCGGGAAAUGAUAUGAGCUGCCCUUCGUGCUGCAAGCCUGUAUUCUGCUCUGUAUUUAUCUGAGUUUGUAAAGGUGUGUGUGUGUGUGUGUGCGCGCGUGUGUGUUUGGAAAAUCACUCUAAUAAACUUCUAACAAAGCCCAGCUUUAGUCAAGCACUCUUAACUGUUAAAGGUCAUGCAUAUGUUGAGUGGAGUAAUGAAUUUUUAAUUUCUUUGGUGUUUCAACUAAUGUUCAUUUGCCUCUUUGAAUGUACUUGUAAGCUUCGAACACCUACUGUAGUAAAUUACAAAUAAAGUUCAGAACUAAUUGA